UGUGAGUGAACGAGCAAAAAUCCAGCCGCUGGAGGACUUUUUCUCUCCGAGCUAAACUCGUGUAUGUGUUCUCGCCCGGAGCCUGAGGCGAGGACGGAGAAGAAGAAGAAGAACGUAGAGGGAGGAGGAGGAGGAGGACAGAUGCGAAAAUGCGAGAAGAAAUCCAGGAAGAGAGCGAAGGCAGCUUAUUAAAGAUUCAGCGCGGGAGAGCAGACGUUAUCGCCCGUCCAGAGCUGUGGCAGCACCGGGGAUAAACUCACAACUCUCCGGGCUCCGGCCGCCAGCGAAUGGGCUGAACCGAAGCGGGCUUUCGUGGAAGAAGCGAGUCCGAAGUGUUUUUUUUUUUAAGCGGAGACCCAAAGGGAAGGGGAGGAGAGGGGGCGAAGAAAACGCCCUGCUGCCGCUGCCUGUUGCUGCGGUGUCCAAAUUCAAACUUUAUCGCCGAGUUUGGGGGAAAAAAAUGCCUCCUCCAUUGAACUGAAGGUGGAAUUCAAAUGUGAACUUUAUUAGCUAAACCGCUGGCGGACAGAGGGGCCGCUCACUUUGCCACUUCUAUCGUGUGUGGAGUGUUUCCCUCGCGUUGGGAAUAUUUUCAUUGUGCACUGUAUUCCUGUCGGAGGCGAGUUGGGUGGGCUGCGAGCCCGGGGCUGCUCCGCUAGGCCCACGGCCAUUAGCCAGGAACAAAGAGGGUCCACAUGUAAAAACUUAAAGAAACUGCUCCUAUCUCGACGAGGUUUGUCGAAACGAGCGCAGUCAUGUCGCUGGGCGCCGAGAGGAGGAUGGAAACCCGGCUGAAGAAGCUGGAGGGUAUGAUCCGAGACCCCCGGUGCUCCGUCAACCUGGAAAGUUUGCUGGACUCCAUGAACGCCCUGGUCUUAGACCUGGACUAUCCAGCACUACGCAAGAACAAAAACAUCGAAACCUUCUUAAACAGAUAUGAGAAAGAAAUAGGACAAAUUCGAGACCUCCAGAUGAAGUCUGAAGACUUUGACAGAGUUAAAGUCAUCGGGCGAGGGGCGUUUGGUGAAGUCCACCUGGUCAGACAUAAAUCCUCUCAGAAGGUUUAUGCCAUGAAGCUGCUGAGCAAGUUUGAGAUGAUCAAGCGCUCAGACUCCGCCUUUUUUUGGGAGGAGAGGGACAUAAUGGCGUUCGCCAACAGUCCAUGGGUUGUGCAGUUGUGCUGUGCCUUCCAAGAUGAGCACUACCUCUACAUGGUGAUGGAGUACAUGCCAGGGGGGGACCUGGUCAACCUCACCAGCACCUACGACGUGCCAGAGAAAUGGGCCAAGUUCUACACAGCGGAGGUGGUGAUGGCCCUGGAUGCCAUUCACUCAAUGGGCUUCAUCCACCGUGACGUCAAGCCGGACAACAUGCUGCUAGAUGGACACGGACACCUCAAGCUGGCCGACUUUGGGACGUGCAUGAAGAUGGACGCUACCGGCAUGGUGCACUGUGACACGGCAGUCGGGACUCCAGACUACAUCUCUCCUGAGGUGCUCAAGUCCCAGGGUGGAGAUGGUUAUUAUGGGAGAGAAUGUGACUGGUGGUCUGUCGGGGUCUUCAUCUUCGAGAUGCUGGUUGGUGACACACCAUUCUACGCUGACUCGCUGGUGGGAACGUACAGUAAGAUCAUGGACCAUAAGAACUCUUUAAACUUCCCUGAUGAUGUGGACAUCUCCAAAGAUGCCAAGAACAUCAUCUGCGCCUUCUUGACUGACAGGGAGGUGCGAUUGGGCAGGAACGGCGUGGAGGAAAUCAAGCGACACCCUUUCUUUAAGAACGACCAGUGGACCUUUGACACCAUCAGAGACACGGUUGCUCCUGUGGUCCCAGAGCUGAGCAGCGACAUAGACACCAGCAACUUUGAUGAGAUUGAAGAUGACAAAGGCGAUGUAGAAACUUUUCCCACACCUAAAGCCUUUGUUGGAAAUCAGUUACCCUUUGUUGGCUUUACCUACUUCAAAGAAGAUCAAUUACUAAAUGCCCCCAACAAUUCCUCAGUGGCCCACGAGACUUCGAAAGGAGAGUCGGUAGCAUUGCAGAAGAAACUUCGCCACCUCGAGGUUCAGCUGAAUAACGAGAAGCAGGUCAAAGACGAACUGGAGCACAAAUUCAGAGUUGCCACCAGUCGUCUGGACAAAAUCUCUAAAGAACAUGAGGACGAGGUGAGCGCGAGAAAGAACCUGGAGUCGAGUCUGAGGCAGCUGGAGAGAGAAAAGGCCCUGCUGCAGCACAAGAGCCUGGAGAGUCACCGAAAGGCCGAGAGCGAGGCGGACAGGAAGCGCUGCCUGGAGAAUGAAGUCAACAGCCUACGAGAUCAGCUGGACGACAUGAAGAGAAGAAACCAGAAUUCACACAUUUCCAAUGAGAAGAACAUUCACCUACAGAAACAGCUGGAAGAGGCCAACACGCUGCUGCGGGCCGAGUCCGAGGCGGCGAUGAGGCUCCGUAAAGCCCAGACGGAGAACAGCAAGCAGCUGCAGCAGCUGGAGGCCAACGUACGCGAGCUGCAGGACAAAGGCUGCGUGCUGGAGCGCAGCAAGCUGAGUCUGGAGAAGGAAUGCAUCAGCCUGCAGGCGGCUCUGGAGACGGAAAGGAGGGAGCACAGCCAGGGCUCAGAGACCAUCAGUGACCUCAUGGGACGAAUCUCUGGUCUGGAGGAUGAGGCUCGUCAGCAGAGACAGAAUCUGUCCAAAUCUGAGUCUGAGAAGAGGCAACUUCAGGAGAAACUCACUGAUCUGGAGAAGGAGAAGAGCAACCAAGAGAUUGAUUUGACCUACAAGCUGAAGGUGCUGCAGCAGGAGCUGGAGCAGGAGGGGACGUCUCAUAAGGCCACCAGGGCAAUGCUGGCCGACAAGAGCAAGAUCAAAGUUACCAUCGAAGGAGCCAAGUCAGAGUCCAUGAAGGAGAUGGAGCAGAAGCUGGCGGAGGAGCGAUCAGCCAAACUGCGUCUGGAGAACAGAAUCCUGGAGCUGGAGAAACACAGCAGCAUGAUGGACUGUGACUAUAAACAGGCUUUACAGAAACUAGAUGAGCUACGAAGACAUAAGGACCGCCUCACUGAGGAGGUAAAGAAUUUGACCCUGAAGAUCGAGCAGGAGAUCCAGAAGAGAACCCUGACUCAGAACGACUUGAAGUCUCAGAACCAGCAGCUCAAUGCUUUGAAAACCUCAGAGAAACAGCUCAAACAGGAAACCAACCACCUGCUGGACAUUAAACGCAGCUUGGAGAAACAGAACCAGGAGCUGCGCAAAGAACGACAGGACACAGACGGGCAAAUGAAGGAGUUGCAGGACCAGUUAGAAGCCGAACAGUAUUUUUCUACAUUGUAUAAGACCCAGGUGCGUGAACUGAAGGAAGAUUGUGAAGAGAGGAACAAACUCCACAAAGAUGUCCAGCAGUCUGUGCAGGAGUUCCAAGAGGAGAGGGACUCUUUGGCAGCUCAGCUUGAGAUCACUCUGACAAAAGCGGAUUCAGAGCAACUGGCGCGCUCCAUCGCUGAGGAGCAGUACUCCGACCUGGAGAAGGAGAAAAUAAUGAAGGAGCUGGAACUGAAGGAAAUGAUGGCCCGGCAUCGUCAAGAGCUCAGCGAGAAGGACAUCACCAUCAGUUCGUUGGAGGAGGCCAAUCGCACCCUGACCAGUGACGUCGCCAACCUCGCUAACGAGAAGGAGGAGAUGAACAACAAACUGAAGGAGGCAAUAGAAGAGUCCGAUAAGUCAAAGGACUGGGAGCAGCUGAUCUGCCAGAGUAAGAUAAUGUUUGAGAAGCAGCUGCAGUCGGAGAGGACACUGAAAACUCAGGCCGUCAACAAGCUGGCAGAGAUCAUGAAUAGGAAGGAGGUCCGUGGUGGAGGCAGUCGCCGUGGUAAUGACACAGACAUGCGGCGAAAGGAGAAGGAGAACAGGAAGCUGCAGCUGGAGCUGAGGUCGGAGAAGGAGAAGCUCAACAGCACCAUUAUCAAAUACCAGAGAGAGAUCAAUGAGGUGCAAGCGCAACUGGCCGAUGAGAGCCAGAUGCGUGUCGAGCUGCAGAUGGCCCUGGACAGUAAGGACAGCGAUAUCGAGCAGCUGCGGAAUCUCCUGCAGACACUCAGCGUUCAAUCAAUGGACUCCGCCAGUGUCAGCAGUGGACCAGAGUUUGAUACUGAUGAUGCAUACGCAGAAUCAAGACUUGAAGGUUGGCUCUCUCUCCCUGUGAGAAACAACACCAAGAAGUUUGGAUGGGUGAAAAAGUACGUUGUCGUGAGCAGCAAGAAGAUUCUCUUCUACAACAGCGAGCAGGACCGAGAGCAGUCCAUCCCCUACAUGGUGCUGGAUAUAGACAAACUCUUCCAUGUGAGGCCUGUCACUCAAACCGAUGUGUACCGUGCAGACGCCAAAGAGAUCCCAAGGAUAUUCCAGAUUCUUUAUGCCAAUGAAGGGGAGUGCAAAAAGGAGCCUGAGUUUCCUGUGGAGCCGCUGCCCAUCGGAGAGAAGUCCAGCUACAUCUGCCACAAGGGCCACGAAUUCAUCCCCACGCUCUACCACUUCCCCACCAACUGCGAGGCGUGCACCAAGCCGCUGUGGAACAUGUUCAAGCCGCCUCCUGCUCUGGAAUGCAGGCGCUGCCACAUCAAGUGCCACAAAGACCACAUGGACAAGAAGGAGGAGAUCAUUGCUCCCUGCAAAGUAAACUACGAUGUGUCAACGGCCAAAAACCUGCUGCUCCUCGCCGUGACCCAGGAGGAGCAGCAGAAGUGGGUGAGCCGGCUGGUCAAGAAGAUUCCCAAGAAGCCUCCGCCGCCAGAGCACUUUGCACGCUCCUCGCCACGCGCCUCCAUGAAGGUGCAGCCCAGCCAGUCCAUGAGGAGGCCCAGUCGACAGCUCCCCACCAGCAAGAGCAGAUUGGAUGCCUUUGGUCUCCAGGACUGGCACUGGGCAUUGGAUGAUAUCGAUGAUGACUGUUCCUCAAUUCAUUUCUGAUGACCACAUGUGGUAACGCUGUGUGCAGUGUGUUGCAGUGAUUUCAGUUUAACCUUGCUUGGGAGUGUGGUGCAUCUUCGAGGUGGUGGGAUGUGUUUCCUCCUAAAUCAAAGACUGUGUAUACAAAGCUCUGUUUGCAGAUCAGCACACUGAACUCCACAUCACUUCUCCACAACCCCCACCCCCCUGUCCUGCUUCAGCCUGUGACAGUCACAAAGUCGUUUUUUUACCAUUUCAUCGACCUUCAGCGGUUGAAUUAUGAGCUGAAGUCUUCUCCCAGGCCUGAGACGAGGACACAUGGGUGUCUCUAAAGGGAGGGGCUGGAGGAGCCCACGCAACACGAGAGAGAGCUCUUAUAAACUCGACUAGGGCUGACAAGAAGGGGAUUAUUCUUACCUCAACACUUCUCACCAAGACACGCUGCCUGAGCUAAGGACCCAACAGGACAACUCUUGACUCCACCUUUUGGAAAUCUCGCGGCCAAAUAAGAAAAAAAGGAAAUUUUUGUGUGUUAAAUGAUUAAGGUUUUAAUGGGGGAACACUACACUCAGAAGAUAGUCAAUUCUGUAUUUAGUUGACCCACGGCUGAACUUGAUCCUAGAUACAGUAUCUGUACUUAUUCAAACUCUUUAACAUUGAUUGUAGCUUCCUGCUUCUCACCAUUCUGCUUUCAGGGGCGUGUCCACACUGGGUCGCAGAAACUUGAAUGAGGUACUUAAAGCGAACAAGCUGUGACUUCUGGGAAAGUCAGUGAGGCGGGGGAAGGAGUGUGAGAUUCCUCGCGGAUUCGAGCAGACAACUCCUGGAGUGCCCCUCAUUCAGAUUUCUGAUUUGUGGCGCGCUCAGAAUCACUGGAUUGCUGUCGUUUGUCGUGACUCCAGUAACGGUUACAAGUGAACACAAUCCUGCUCUGAAUGGCAUCAGAUGGAGAUCCUCACAAUCCCAUAAUCAAACCUGCACUGUGGGUUUUGAGGGUUGUUGUUUACUGAAUUCUGGGGGGGUGCACCGUUCAUGCUUCUCUGAUCCGAGCUCGGCUCCGUUGUGUUUUUUUGAAUGUACAUCUGGGCUUUUACCAGAGAUGACACACAGGCAUUGUAUUACUUCCAAAUAUACUUGACUGAAGCCUCCUUUCAUCACCACCUGCUCUGAGUGAACCUGCAUGUGUUUUGCCUUUUCAGGCCUCACACUUGAGAGCUGUCACCCACAGGCCUCCACCUGUUACACCUAGUUUUUAAGUCAAGGGGAAUUUAUCAAAGAGAAGCAGAAACAUUGAAGGUAAUGAAACAUGUCCCAUCAGUCCAAAUACUGAGCAGCACUAUUCCAUUGAAAGUUUUUUUAAGUGUUUGUCCUGAUAUUUUUGUAUUAAAAAUAACCAAACUCUGAGUUUGGGCACAUU